AAAACCUAAAAAUAGAAAAUGAAGUCCGGCGAGGUCACUCUCUUUCUCCUUUCCUAUCUCUACUUUCCUGACACAUUCUCUUUCCCUUUUACGACUUCAAACUUCGUCUCUUCUCUCUCUCCUUCUCUGCAACAGUAAUUUCUCUGACGAAAUUGCCCCUGUAGUUGUUCACCGACUUCCGGACCCCGUCCUCUUCUCCUCCAGAUUCUUCUAGCAACAGUCGAAGAUUCUCUGUUCUGAUCAGACGAGUUUUUCACUCAUGGCGAAACUGGCGACGGCGACGAGUUGAGGUGGUAUGGAUUUGACUGAAGGCGUCGGAGAGAGCUCGUCGCCGCCGAGAAGCUUCGUUAGCUUCAAUAACUACGAUGUGAGGAACGAUGUCUAUAAUCGAUUGGUGGAGAGUCGUCAUCUUCAGGCUCUGACUCAACCGGACUUCCGUGAGCAGUUGGACGCUCACUUCAAUCGCUUGCCUCCUAGUUAUGGGCUUGACGUUAACAUGGACAGAGUGGAAGAUGUUUUGAUACAUCAAAAGCUUCUCACAUUGGCAAAGGACCCGGAGAAACGGCCUGUUUAUCAUACCCGAUUCUUGGAGAGUAUCUCUACGGGGACGGAUGAUGAUGAGGAUGAACAAUUCACUAGUAAUGUUUCAACCUCAAGGCUAUCAUUUUCUAUAAUGGGGUUGUGUUUUGACAACUUAUCAAUGAGACUUAACAUCCGCGAAGCACAUGUCUUCUCGACCACUGAUGGCUACUCCUUAGAUGUAUUUGUGGUGGAUGGAUGGCCUGUUGAGAUUGUUUGUUAUGAUUUUGUAUGCAUUGCGACCUUUUUGAGUCAGUUUUUUUAA